AUGUCUCAUUUAACUCCAAAACCAAACGUUUUAAAUGUAUAUGGAGCAGGAACACCAAACUUUGUAAAAGUUCAAAUUUUAUUAGAAGAAAAAAACAUUCCUCAUGUUUACCAUAAAAUUGAUUUUUCAAAAAAUGAACAAUUUGAUCCAGAAUUUUUAAAGUUUUCACCAAAUAAUAAAAUUCCAGCAAUUGUCGAUAAUACAGUUGAACCAAAUGGUAUUAGUGUAUUUGAAAGUGCAGCAAUUUUAAUGUACUUAUCUGAAAAACAUCAAUUCACCGAUCUUUAUGCAGAUUUUAAAACUGACCCAGCAUUACAUGCCAAACAUUUAGAAUUUUUAUUCUUCCAAAUGAGUGGUGUUGGCCCAAUGACAGGUCAAUUAGGUUGGUUCCUUCGUCAACCAGAACCAAAGAAUACUCAAGCAAUUGAAAGAUAUUCUGAAGAAGUUAAAAGAUUAUAUAGAGUUUUAGAUAAAAUACUCUCAACUAAUACUUGGGUAGCCGGUGAACAAUAUAGUAUUGCUGAUAUCAGUCUUUUAGGUUGGGCUUUAUAUUUCUUAAAAGGUUAUUAUGAUGAUCAUAUCACCAGAGAACAAUUCCCAAAUGUUUAUCGUUGGUUAGAUUUAGCUGCUAAAAGACCAGCAAUCAUUAAAGUUUUAGAAACAAUUCAACCAAAACAAAAAUAA